ACACGGACCUACCAGGUGGUGCUGGGCGAGUUCGACAUGGGCUCUGAGGAGGGUCCUGAGCAGCGCAUCCCCGUGGCCUCCAGCGACAUCUUCGUCCACCCCAAAUGGAUGAGCUCCUGCGCGGCCUGCGGCAACGACAUCGCCCUGAUGAAGCUGCAGCGCCCGGCCGUGCUCAACACCCAGGUGCAGGAGGGACGGCUGCCACCCCCGGACACCGUCCUGCCCGAUGGGUACCCCUGCUACCUGAGCGGCUGGGGACGGCUCUCCACGGGGGGGCCGCUGCCGGAGCGUCUGCAGCAGGCGCUGAUGCCCGUGGUGUCCUUUGAGCGCUGCACCCAGCCCGACUGGUGGGGCAGCCUCUCCAUCCGCCGCACCAUGAUCUGCGCCGGCGGCGCCGAGAAGGCCGGCUGCAACGGCGACUCGGGGGGUCCCCUGAACUGCCAGACGGCCGACGGGACCUGGGAGGUGCACGGCAUCGCCAGCUUCGUCUCGGGGCUGGGCUGCAACGCGCCCCGGAAACCCACCGUCUUCACCCGCGUCUCCGCCUUCGAGGACUGGAUUGCAGAGAUCAUGAGCCAGAACUGAGCGUUGGCGACGGCGACCUCCCCGUG